CGCUGCUCCGCCUGACGUCAUCCGCGGGCGACGCGAGGGAGGCGGGCACGCGCGCCGGGAAGAUGUCUCCGAUGCCGCCGCUCUUCAGCCUGCCCGAGGCACGGACGCGCUUCACGAAGUCUACCAGGGAGGCCUUGAACAACAAGAGUAUCAAGCCAUUGUUGAAUACCUUCAGCCAGUUACCAGGCAGUGAAAAUGAAAAAAAAUGUACCCUUGACCAAGCGUUCAGAGUUGUCCUAGAAGAAGAAAUUAUAAAUCAUUCAUCAUGUGAAAACGUUUUAGCUAUUAUUUCUCUUGCUAUUGGGGGAGUGACUGAAGGUAUUUGUACUGCAUCUACACCUUUUGUGUUGUUGGGAGAUGUUUUGGAUUGUCUUCCUUUGGAUCUGUGUGACACAAUAUUCACUUUUGUGGAAAAAAAUGUUGCUACUUGGAAAUCAAAUACAUUCUAUUCCGCUGGGAAAAACUACUUACUACGUAUGUGCAAUGAUCUCCUAAGAAGAUUAUCAAAAUCCCAGAAUACAGUCUUUUGUGGACGAAUUCAACUCUUUUUAGCCAGGCUUUUCCCUUUGUCUGAGAAAUCGGGUCUUAACUUGCAGAGUCAGUUUAAUUUGGAAAAUGUCACUGUUUUCAACACCAAUGAGCAGGAAAGCACCCUGGGUCAGAAGCAUACAGAGGACAGAGAGGAAGGAAUGGAUGUAGAAGAAGGUGAAAUGGGUGAUGAUGAAGCACCAACAACUUGUUCCAUUCCAAUUGAUUACAACCUGUAUAGAAAAUUCUGGUCACUUCAGGAUUACUUCAGAAAUCCUGUUCAAUGCUAUGAGAAGAUUUCAUGGAAAACUUUUCUCAAGUAUUCUGAAGAAGUACUGGCUGUUUUUAAAAGUUAUAAACUAGAUGAUACUCAGGCCUCAAGGAAGAAGAUGGAGGAGCUAAAAGCAGGAGGAGAGCAUGUGUACUUUGCAAAAUUCUUAACAAGUGAAAAGUUGAUGGAUUUACAGCUGAGUGAUAGUAAUUUUCGUCGACAUAUCCUGUUGCAGUAUCUCAUUUUAUUCCAGUAUCUUAAGGGGCAAGUCAAGUUCAAAAGUUCAAACUAUGUUUUAACUGAUGAACAAUCACUCUGGAUAGAAGAUACUACAAAAUCAGUUUAUCAACUACUAUCUGAAAACCCCCCUGAUGGAGAAAGAUUUUCAAAGAUGGUAGAGCAUAUAUUAAAUACUGAAGAAAACUGGAACUCAUGGAAAAAUGAAGGCUGCCCAAGUUUUGUAAAAGAAAGAACAGCAGAUGCCAAGCCAGCGCGAGUAGCUCGGAAGAGGACUGCGCCAGAAGACUUCCUAGGGAAAGGGUCUAACAAGAAGAUUCUGAUGGGCAAUGAGGAGUUAACAAGGCUUUGGAAUCUAUGUCCUGAUAACAUGGAAGCCUGUAAAUCAGAGACAAGGGAAUACAUGCCAACAUUGGAGGAAUUUUUUGAAGAAGCUAUUGAACAGGCAGACCCUGAAAACAUGGUUGAAAGCGAAUAUAAGGCAGUGAACAAUUCCAACUAUGGCUGGAGAGCCCUGAGAUUAUUAGCAAGGAGAAGUCCUCAUUUCUUCCAACCAACCAAUCAGCAGUUUAAGAGCUUGCCAGAGUAUCUUGAAAAUAUGGUAAUAAAGCUAGCCAAGGAAUUGCCACCUCCUUCUGAAGAAAUAAAAACAGGUGAGGAUGAAGAUGAGGAAGAUAAUGAUGCUUUACUGAAGGAAAAUGAGAGUCCUGACACCAGGCGAGACAAGCCUGUGACGGGGGAGCAGAUAGAGGUGUACGCCAACAAGCUGGGUGAACAGUGGAAGGUCCUGGCCCCUUACUUGGAGGUGAGAGAUUCGGAAAUCAGACAGAUCGAGUGUGACAGUGAAGACGUGAAGCUGCGAGCAAAACAGCUCCUGGUUGCCUGGCAGGAUCAGGAGGGGAUCCACGCAACACCGGAGAAUCUCAUCAGCGCACUCAACAAGUCUGGACUGAGCGAGCUUGCAGAAAGUUUAGCUCAUGACAGUGAAGCAAAUAGUUAGCUCAUUUUUCUCCUUUUUUAUUAAAACUGUGAUAAGAUUUUGUUACCAAGCAGCAUUUCAUAAGAGGUCCACUGGUUUUGGUAAACAAUAAACAUUUUUAUAACA